UCUCAUUAAUGGACCUUCAAAAACAUUGAAGUUCGUCGAGAGUGCGGAUACGUGCGGGGCUCAGAGUUUGACUUAUUCACUACAAAAACUAAGAACAGGCACACACUCUUCCUCGAUUUUUCGUCUUCAAGUCUUCUGACGAGACUCGGGUUUAUUUUCUUCAGAGUAAUUUGUGCUGAACAGUUCCUCAUGUCAUCUAGUAUUAUUUCAGACGCUACGAGCAAAGUGAAAAACAUGGUCGCAGGGGAGAAAGGCCGCAAGGUCGCCGACCUUGACUCCGUUUCCCAAACGGUUUCACCGGACGACAGAAUCACUUCGGAUUUCGGGGUGAAGAUGGGAAAUGUGGAUGAAUGGUUACGAGUGGCCAACGAGAAGAAGACAGGGCCUAUGCUACUAGAGGAUUCGUUCUCCAGAGAGAGGAUCCAUCGAUUUGAUCAUGAACGUAUUCCCGAACGCGUUGUUCAUGCACGAGGAGCUGGCGCCUUCGGAAACUUUCGGUUGUUCGAGAGUAUCGAAGACUUAACCACGGCGGGAGUUCUUACAGACACAUCCCGGGAGACUCCUGUCUUCGUUCGAUUUUCCACAGUACAGGGUUCGCGUGGUAGUGCGGACACUGUACGAGAUGUGCGUGGUUUUGCUGUCAAGUUUUAUACACAGGAAGGCAACUGGGAUAUUGUCGGAAACAACAUCCCUGUCUUUUUUAUCCAGGACUCCAUCAAGUUCCCCGACAUAAUCCACGCCGUGAAGCCCGAGCCUCACAAUGAGGUUCCGCAAGCCCAGUCAGCUCAUAAUAACUUCUGGGAUUUUGUUUUCAUGCACACUGAGGCUACUCAUAUGUUCAUGUGGACCAUGUCCGAUCGAGCAAUCCCACGCUCUUAUCGCAUGAUGCAAGGGUUUGGCGUCAACACAUUUGUUCUAGUCAACCAGAAGGGGGAACGCCAUUUCGUCAAGUUCCACUGGACGCCUGAGUUGGGCGUCCAUUCCUUUGUCUGGGACGAGGCGUUGAAAUUGGCGGGGCAGGAUCCUGACUUCCAUCGCAAAGAUUUAUACGAAGCGAUAGAUAACGGUGCCUUUCCGAAAUGGAAGUUUGGAAUUCAGGUGAUCCCCGAAUCCAAGGAACAUGAUUUCGAGUUUGACAUUCUUGACGCGACGAAAAUUUGGCCUGAAGAUUUGGUACCAGUCCGAUACAUUGGCGAGCUUGAACUCAACAAGAAUGUUGACGAGUACUUCCCCCAGACUGAGCAGGUCGCAUUUUGUACAUCCCAUAUGGUUCCAGGAAUCGCUCAUUCAGACGACCCGCUGCUGCAGGGACGCAGCUUCAGUUAUUUCGACACGCAGUUGUCCCGUCUUGGAAUCAAUUGGCAGGAGCUUCCCAUCAACAAACCAGUCUGCCCUGUCAUGAACUUUAACCGCGAUGGUCAAGGCAGACACACUAUUACCAAAGGACAGGUCAAUUACUGGCCUAACAGGUUCGAGGCGCGGCCACCUGCAACUGCGCAGGAAGGGGCCUACCCAGAACCGCCCUUCAAUAUCCAAGGCAUCAAGGCGCGAACCAAGAGCGAUAAGUUCAGAGAGCACUACAACCAGGCACAGCUUUUCUUUAACAGCUUGUCGGAGCCGGAAAAGAAUCACCUUGCUGCCGCGUUUUCGUUCGAAUUAGAUCACUGCGAAGACCCCAUUGUCUAUGAGCGCAUGUCUCAACGACUCGCGGAUAUUGAUCUAGGGCUUGCUCAGACAGUCGCUGAGAUGGUCGGAGGAACAAAGCCCGAAAAACAAACCAGGGCCAACCACGGCAAGAAGGCUAGCAAGAUAAGCCAGGUGGAGUUCGCCCCAGCCAAACCGACCAUUGCUAGUCGUCGAAUUGCUAUCAUUAUAGCAGACGGCUUUGACAAUACAGCCUACAGCACUGUGAAAGCAACAAUCAAAGCCGCUAGCGCUCUUCCUUUUACCAUUGGUCCACGGCGAUCUGAGGUAUUCCCAGCCGGAGCAUCGAAGAAACCCGGUAACGGUGUCCAACCCGAUCAUCACCUUGAAGGUAUGCGGUCCACCAUGUUCGACGCAAUAUUCGUUCCUGGCGGAGCAGAAUCGAUCAAGACGCUUGCGAAGAGCGGACGUGCUCUCCACUGGCUGCGGGAAGCGUUUGGGCAUCUGAAGGCAAUUGGUGGCACCGGAGAAGCUGUUGAACUCUUCAAGCUAGCGUUUGCACUCCCAGACCUCCGAGUUUCGGCGACAGACGAAGCAAUCGAGUCGUAUGGUGUGGUAACGUUGAGUAAAGUAUCCCCAGAGAGUUUGAGAGAGAGCAUUACUAUCGCCAAGGAAGGUGUAGGGUUCCUGGAGAAAUUCUUGUACCAAAUUUCACAGCACAAGAAUUUCGAUAGAGAAUUGGCGGGACUCAACUCACAAGUCGCGUACUAGGCAGCCCGGAGACAAUUGGGAAGGAAGUGGAGCAUUAGGGAAAUUGCUGCAUAUGAAAAAGGGUUUGUCAGUAAAAUUUUCAACCGCUAUUUGGCAGGCGUUCGUGUAUGGAGGCACCGACUUCUCAGCUAGUAAGACUGAUGAAUACUAUAUCCCCGCUUUAGUGAU